GCGAUGCUGUCGGGGGGGAAAAAGGCCGCGGAGGCGGCGGCGGGCGGCGAGGGCGGGCCUGAGGCGCCGGUGCCUCCGCCCGCCGCUGCGGGGGCUCUGGGCUCCUCCGCGGAGAGCGGCGGGGCUGCGGAGCGCACUCCGCGCAAGAAGGAGCCGCCGCGGGCCUCGCCCCCGGGUGGUCUGUCCGAGCCGCCGGCCUCCGGCGCCGCCCCCGCGCCCGGCGCUGAAACCACCGGCAUCGCCGAGACCCCCGAGGGUCGCCGGACCAGCCGCCGCAAGCGGGCUAAAGUGGAAUAUAGAGAGAUGGAUGAGAGUCUUGCAAACCUGUCAGAAGAUGAGUAUUAUUCUGAAGAAGAGAGAAAUGCUAAAGCUGAGAAAGAGAAAAAAGUUCCACCACCACCUCCCCCAGCUCCUGCAGAAGAGGAGAAUGAAAGUGAGCCAGAGGAGCCUUCUGGGCAAGCAGGAGGACUUCAAGACGACAAUUCUGGAGGGUAUGGAGACGGCCAAGCAUCAGGUGUGGAGGGUGCAGCUUUCCAGAGUAGACUGCCACAUGACCGUAUGACAUCUCAAGAAGCUGCCUGCUUCCCUGAUAUAAUCAGUGGGCCACAGCAGACUCAGAAGGUGUUUCUGUACAUCAGGAACCGCACCCUACAGCUCUGGUUGGAUAACCCAAAGAUUCAGUUGACAUUUGAGGCAACUAUCCAGCAGUUAGAAGCACCUUAUAAUAGUGACACAGUGCUGGUGCACAGAGUACACAGCUACCUGGAGCGGCACGGGCUCAUCAACUUCGGUAUUUACAAGAGAGUGAAACCCCUUCCAACCAAGAAGACUGGAAAGGUGAUCAUUAUUGGUUCUGGAGUCUCUGGAUUAGCAGCAGCUCGCCAGUUGCAGAGUUUUGGAAUGGAUGUCACAGUUCUGGAAGCCAGGGACCGGGUAGGAGGAAGAGUCGCUACCUUUCGCAAAGGGAACUAUGUUGCUGAUCUAGGAGCAAUGGUGGUAACAGGACUUGGAGGAAAUCCCAUGGCUGUGGUCAGCAAACAAGUGAAUAUGGAAUUGGCUAAGAUCAAACAAAAAUGUCCACUUUAUGAAGCAAAUGGUCAAGCUGUUCCAAAAGAGAAAGAUGAAAUGGUGGAGCAAGAAUUUAAUCGUCUGCUGGAAGCCACAUCCUAUCUCAGUCAUCAACUGGAUUUUAAUGUUCUCAAUAACAAGCCUGUCUCCUUAGGUCAGGCUUUGGAGGUUGUCAUACAAUUACAGGAGAAACAUGUGAAGGAUGAGCAGAUUGAACACUGGAAAAAAAUUGUGAAAACACAAGAGGAAUUGAAAGAUCUUCUCAACAAGAUGGUGAAUUUAAAAGAGAAGAUUAAAGAACUUCAUCAACAGUAUAAGGAAGCAUCAGAAGUGAAGCCACCUCGGGAUAUUACAGCAGAGUUCCUUGUGAAAAGCAAACACAGAGAUCUGACUGCACUUUGCAAGGAGUAUGAUGAAUUGGCAGAAACACAGGGAAAGCUGGAAGAGAAGUUACAAGAACUUGAAGCCAAUCCUCCAAGUGACGUUUAUCUGUCAUCAAGAGACAGACAAAUACUCGACUGGCAUUUUGCAAACCUGGAGUUUGCUAAUGCUACACCCCUGUCUACUCUUUCACUGAAGCACUGGGACCAGGAUGAUGACUUUGAAUUCACAGGCAGUCACUUGACUGUGAGGAAUGGAUAUUCCUGUGUGCCUGUAGCCUUGGCAGAAGGAUUGGAUAUUAAAUUGAACACGGCAGUUCGACAGGUUCGCUAUACAGCGUCAGGCUGUGAAGUGAUAGCUGUAAAUACCAGAUCCACUAGCCAGACUUUCAUUUACAAAUGUGAUGCUGUGCUGUGUACUCUUCCCUUGGGAGUACUGAAACAGCAGCCUCCAGCAGUACAGUUUGUGCCUCCUCUUCCAGAGUGGAAAACUUCUGCAGUGCAGCGUAUGGGAUUUGGCAACCUUAACAAGGUUGUGUUGUGUUUCGAUCGUGUCUUUUGGGAUCCAAGUGUCAAUUUGUUCGGUCAUGUUGGCAGCACUACUGCAAGCAGAGGAGAACUCUUCCUGUUUUGGAACCUGUACAAAGCUCCAAUUUUGUUGGCCUUGGUAGCAGGAGAAGCAGCAGGGAUCAUGGAAAAUAUAAGUGAUGAUGUCAUUGUUGGCCGGUGCCUUGCCAUCCUCAAAGGCAUAUUUGGUAGCAGUGCUGUGCCACAGCCUAAGGAGACUGUGGUGUCCCGCUGGCGUGCUGACCCCUGGGCCCGGGGAUCUUACUCCUAUGUAGCAGCUGGAUCUUCUGGAAAUGACUAUGAUUUGAUGGCUCAGCCAAUUACUCCAGGGCCAGCCAUUCCAGGUGCUCCUCAGCCUAUUCCUCGCCUGUUUUUUGCUGGAGAACAUACAAUUCGCAACUACCCUGCAACUGUUCAUGGUGCUUUACUGAGUGGACUGAGAGAAGCUGGUCGCAUUGCAGACCAAUUCCUUGGGGCCAUGUAUACUUUGCCUCGCCAGCCCACGCCUGGGGUUCCCCCACAGCAAGCUACCAGCAUGUAAGCAAAGUAGAAGGUCCAAGAAGAGGAGUGGCCAGACCACAGUGCUGCUGUUGUGGGCUUUUCAGGAUGAAGAUAUCCACGGAGUCUGUGGCAGUAUCUGCAGAGAGGACUCAGCCCUGACUUACUGUGUGAUGCUCCUGCUAGAAUGGCCUUACAGAAACUUGCCUGACCUUUGGCUUGGCAUCCUCUUACACAAUCUCUUAGAGCUCUUUGAAGAUAUGUCAGUGUACACAGAAUCCUUUACUACCAAGCUGGCCAAGGACUUCUUGACUGUGCAGACACUUUGAAAGACAAACUUAGAGCUGGAGGUUUUUUAGGGGUUGGUUUUUUCUACCUACACACGUAUUUCCAAUGUGGUGGUUGCACAAGGCCCUCUAGGAGCUGGUUGCUACAAGUAGUAGCUUAGUGUAGAAUUCAUGUGAACUUCUUUGUUGGGUUUUUCUUUUUUGGGGGGUUUUUUAUUGUUUAGUUCUGAAUAAUAGGAGGGUUUUUUACCAAUUCUAGUCUUACCUGGCAUUUGAGACUUUGGUGCAACUGCUUCCCCAGCAGUAACAGCAAGUCACCCCCCUCUCCCCAGAACCGGUCCCUUGGCUGCUACACCAUAUGCAUCAUGUUCUAGAAAGCAAGCUGGUGUUACUAUGAGUGGUUUACUAAAUAUAUCCAAGAACAGAGAUGAUCUGAAUUGGAUAUUUCUAAGUUAAAAACCUUGGGUUUGUUUUUAUAGAGAGUUGUUUCCCCAGUAAGCUGGCUGAAGGGCCUGAUCUCUUGACUUCUGCGUGCUGCAAGAGGGCACAGUCUGUACCUGUGGAUUCCAGUUCUGCUCAGUUGAUGAGAUGAUGUCACAGCUGCCAUUGUUGUGCUUCUGAAAAUCAUUUUGGCUUGGCUGCUUUUCCAAAUAUUUCCCUUCUUAUGCAUGCAGCACACAUUCUUUUCCUCUUUCCUCCUUUCCCCAUUUAGCAUUAGACUUAUUUGUUCCCACUUUGCUCAUCCUCCUCUGUCUGCAGUUUCUCUCUCCUCUCCCCACAGGCUCUGGUCACACUUUUUUUCCUACUUUUCAGUGUUCCUGUUCUCUCAGACCCAUGUCUGUAUGUGUGCAGUCUGUCCCAGCUCCCUUUGUCCUUCCUGUUGGUCCAUGUUCUUCCAUCUACAGCUACAUUGUCUGCGCUUCUUCCUGAAGAAAACACACACAGUCACCACCACAGCCCCAGCCUGUUUGUAGCUGUAUUGUCUGCCCACAGACACUCACCUUCUAGCAUCAUUGUUUCUACUGUUUUCUUGUGUCUCCUUCUUAGCAGCUGGAGAUGAUUCUGGAGUGAGAGGUCUAUCAGGCCUUUAACAUCCACCAACAGCAGGUCAUGUCUCUUGGUGAGUCUGACUGAAGGUGGAAAAAGGGUCUGAGAACUUGAGUGCUGUGUUCUGUACCCAGGCUUCCAGACUCUGUGGGGCUUCAUCACUGUGGAUCUGCCUUUCUGUACCUGAAGGGUACAGCCAGCCCUUUCAGACCACCUUCCUCACCCCUCUCCUCUUCCCAGGCUCAGACACCUCAUCCCAGUGUCUUUGCUUCCCCCUCAGUGCUGCAGGAGAUGGGGAAUAGGGGUUCUGUCCAUCCUGUUCUGAUGGCUCUGCCACUUGUCUUGCCUCAGGGCAGGAGGAGUCUGACAUUUCCCUGCUCAGCACAAGGUCCCUCACACACCAGGCGGUGCUGCAUGAACCUCCCCAAUGUCCAAAGGCCACAGCCCCUCUCUGCAUCAUGUGUGGGUCUCCCCCUGGCACUCAGCCCAGCAGCUCCAUGGCUGCCUCCCACACAGCCCCAGCCCCUCCAGGCACAGCCAUCCCUCCUCUGUGGAGUCCUCCUGGAGCUUCAGUUCCACCAUCACCCUCCAUGGGAGCAGGGAACGGCCACCAUCUCACCCAGCCUGCUCUGGUGCUGCUCCUCCCCUCUUCCCUCACUGACUUCAGGAUCCAUCUCAUCCCACUCCCUCCUCCCACUGCAGCUUUCACCUUCCUGAACAGUGAUGGCAGAGGCACCAGGUUGGCCCAGUUGGGGCCAGAGGUGGAUCUGACUCAGACAGGGGAAGCUUAUGGGGUCACAACUGCAGCUCUCCCUCCCUGUUACCAUGAAAAAACAGCUGCACACAGUCCUGAAGGACCCCAGGAACCUGCCCAUGGGGUUCUGAACCCCAGCAGAAUGCAUUUGCUGGCCAGGUUGUGAGUUUUGGAUGGGAAGAUUUGCAUUUCUCAGUUCUCCAGAUGCCUGUGUGGGUGAGGUGCUAGCAUCUACUUUGCAAUAAACUACUGUUAGGUCUUUGUGCUCAGUCUUUGUCUAGAAUUGAGACUAUUUGCUCUGGUCUUGCCUGUAGUGGAAAUUAACUGCAAGUGAUGGGUUGUCCCUGGCUUGUAAUUGAUUAGAUCAUAAAUCUAGAGGAACAACUUCA